AUGAAAUCCUUCAUCGCCGCCUCGCUCCUCACGCUCAUCGCCGCCUCCGCGGCCGCCCCGUCGUCGAGGGUCCUCCGCUUCGCGAAACGCGACAGCCCCAACGGCUGCAGCGGCGGCGACCCGGGCGCGCAGGGCGUGAUCGACGCCAUCAACCAAUGGAACUCGGACGUCGAGACGGUCAACUUGUUCCUCGAGGUGGCGCCCACCCUGGCCGUGAUCGACCUAGACAUCCAGCUGGAGGGGGUGCUGAACGCGGCCCAGGACGAGCCGAACCAGCUUCAGAUCCUGGCGUGCGAGUCCGACGUGUUCCCGGGCACGGAUGCGCAGGCCGCCGUUGACGAUCUGUUCAACGGGUUCGAGGAUAACGUGCUUACGCCGCUGGGCAAUAUCGUGGCCAGCACGGGCAAUGCCGACAUCGUGGCGUCCAACUUGCACACCAUCAAUCAGUUCAGGUGCUGUAGUGUCCUGCCGGAUUUGGAUACGCUGUGGACUGCCACCGCCGUGGACGAGGGCGUGGCUAAUGUCGUGCCGAUUGCGGCGCCGCGACCAAGUACUUGUGCUAGUAUCACUUGCUGA